UAUGUACGUUAGUUGAAUUGAAAUUACAUUUUAGAAUUUCUAUGAAAAAAUUGGUGUGCAGUAGAUAUCAUGUGAUGCAUGAUAACUGGAAAGACGCAUCUCGAUAACGAUGUAAUGCAGGUUGUACGCAGCUGUAAUGCCGCGGCGUAUUGUCAUAACUGUCAACAGUAGAAUCAGGUUUUUACACCGUCGCGCGAAUGCUUUGCAUUUAGAGAACAUCGACUGCCUAAAUUUGUAUCGUGGCUUAUCGACAACAACAUAUUUGACGAUAAAUAUGUUUUAUUCGCAUUACAUAAAUGAAGACUGUCGCAGUUAAUGUGGCUCGGUCGUAUUAUCAUUUCUUGGAGUGUUCUGGCUGUCGUUAUCGUUGCAUUCGCCAGAAUAACUUAACCUCGAACGAAAUAUGUUUCCACCGAAAGAUAUUGCCAAGACGGAUUACAUUAGCUUAAAUAUUCAGGAAAGCGCAACUUUCGCACGCGGAACAUCUCGCAGUCUUUGGAGGCAAUGGAAUCAGUUGUCGAGGUUUCAAAGGAACAUCCUUUACUUCGUAGUCAUUACAAUUAUAUUAAUUAUAUUUUAUUUGUUGCCUGGCGAUAAUAAGAAUGGAAUUUUGGACGAAAGCGAUUACAACAACAUAGAAGUAGCGCAAGAUACUCUUAAAUAUGAAAAGGCAAUAGAAGAUAUCGUAGUAGAUAAUCCGAACCAAGAACAUAAAGAUGGCGGAGAGGUUAUAGAAGAACCUGACUUCCAGCCAGAAAUAAACCAAGCGGACGACGAUCAAAUUGGAGAACCUCCGCAACCUAAGCCAAACGUGCUUAAAUUCAAUGGCCCGCAAAACAGCAGGCAAAAGGCUAUAGUUGCCGCAUUUAAGUAUUCGUGGAACGGAUACAAGGAAUACGCGUGGGGUCAUGACACCGUAAAACCUAUUUCUAGAAAAUACCACGAAUGGUUUGGUCUAGGACUCACUAUAGUCGAUUCCCUAGAUACUAUGUACAUAAUGGGUUUAAAUAAUGAAUUUUUAGAAGCCAAGGCAUGGGUUGAUAAGAGUUUAGUAUUUACUCUAAAUAGGGAUGUUAAUUUAUUCGAAGUUACCAUUAGGGUUUUAGGAGGUCUGUUAUCGGCAUAUCAUUUAUCGGGUGAUAAAGUUUUUUUAACUAAAGCUACACAGCUAGGCGAUCGUCUAAUGCCAGCAUUUUCCACUUCAUCCGGAGUUCCGUAUUCCGAUGUAAAUCUUGGUACCAAUACCGCGCAUAGUCCUAAAUGGGGUCCUGACAGCAGUACCAGCGAAGUCAGUUCGAUUCAAUUAGAAUUUCGAGAUCUUAGCCGUAACACGGGGGAGCCGAAGUACGAGGAAGCGGUAGCAAAAGUGUCCGAACAUGUGCAUCAGUUAGAGAAGUACGAUGGUUUGGUACCUAUAUUCAUUAACGCUAACACUGGCCAAUUCAGAGAGUUUGCAACGAUAACGCUUGGCGCACGUGGCGAUAGUUAUUACGAAUAUCUACUGAAACAGUGGCUUCAAACUGGAAAAACUAUCAGUUAUUUGCGAGACGAUUACUUGUUAGGCAUUUCUGGAACUCAGAAUCAUCUGAUGAAACAAACAGCGAGCAAAAAAUAUGUUUUCAUCGCGGAACUAGUUGGAGCAGCGAAAGAAAUAAAACCAAAAAUGGACCAUCUCACGUGUUACUUACCAGGUACUUUAGCUCUGGGAGUCCAUCACGGUUUGCCAUCCGAACAUAUGGAUCUUGCGAAUGAACUUAUGAAAACUUGUUAUCAAACGUACGCGAUUCAACCAACGUUCCUCGCACCCGAAAUUACUUACUUCAAUAUCCAGAAUGCGGAUGAAAAAAAAUCGAUGGACAUGUAUGUGAAAAUACACGAUGCUCAUAAUCUAUUAAGGCCAGAAUUCAUCGAAAGUCUAUUUUAUAUGUGGUACUUUACUGGAAACAAAACAUUCCAAGACUGGGGAUGGCAAAUAUUUCAGGCUUUUGAAAAUUUUACAAAAGUAGAGAAGGGCUACACUAGUAUCGGCAAUGUACGAAAUAUUCAUGAUAUUCGACAGCAAGACAUGACCGAAAGCUUCUGGUUCGCUGAAACUCUAAAGUACCUGUACUUGCUAUUCGACGACACGAGGCAGUUAAUAGAUCUGGAUAAAUGGGUAUUCAAUUCCGAAGGACAUCCGCUUCCUAUAUACGAAUCGUAACCCGAUUCCGUGAACUAGCGAACAAACUAUACAAAUCUCUACAUUUUUAGUAGAAUACUAGACCAAGUAUUUCUCAAGGCCAGUCACUCGAUCCAAGAACAGACCACUGGUCGGAUCGAAUUCGUCGUUUAGCACGAUGGUUUUCAAACGUUACCACGUUCUUGCAAAAUUUUUCUACCGCUUUAUGCUACAACAACGAGCAGUCUUUGUAAAUUACCAACUACUUAACCGUUUAUACACAAUUUUUUCUUUUCUUUUUUUUUCCUAAUUUCCCAAUUUAGAAGCGUGUAUUUCUCUAAUCGAACGUACUCUAUUUUGUUUGCAACAAGUUCGCGCUAUUCAUACACGAUAUAUUCUAUAAAUCGUAUUUAUGAAAAGUGUAUCAGAAUCGUUGAGUACAAUCUUGUAAAAUAGAAAAUGCUCGAUCUGUUAUUUGUAGUCUAAUGUAAACUCCUUUAUUCUUUCUCUUUUAAAGACGCGUGUUCUCUGGAGUAACUGAAAUUCACUGGAUUUUCAGCGUAGUUUUUAUUUAUUGCACACACUUUCGUAGAAAAAUAUCAACAGGGAACAUCGAAGCUUCUAUCGUGGAUAGUUUCAAGGCAGAUGACAAAGGAUCGGUCCAUAGAUUAAAAUACUUUGUUCUUUACAUUUUCUAAACGUAUAUCACAUAAAUGUAUAGUUGCUUAAUUUGUAAAUAGCGCUUCGGACUGUGUACAGUUGUUAAUAUUUCAUCUUAGGAGAUAGAAACUUACGUGCGACAUACGUUACGGUUUUGGAAUAGCUGCCUUCUUUAACUAAAUUGCUAUUGCACAGAGUUUAAUUUUCUUAUUAGCUACUUUGAAUUUCUACAAAAUUAACCGAUAAAAUCCAUUUCAUCGCCGGACAGUAAAUAGUAAUAAAUUAAGUAAAAAUAUUUGAACUUUACGAUCGAUCUAUUAGCAUAAAAGAAAAAAAUAUAGAGCAGUCUCAAUAUCUCCGAGAUUCGUCUUGUAUAAAGAAACAUCUUUAUUUACAAAAACUGUCGUAAAUUAUUUCUUUCUUACGUAGUGAAAAUGUCUGAAAUAUACAAGUACGUAUAAUUAGAAUGUACCGCGCGCGCGCGCGCGCGUCGAAUGUAGUAAGGCAAGUGUCCCAUUGCUAUGUACAUACGCUUUUAGAACAUUAUAUCGGACAUCCUUCGCCAUGAAUUUCGUUAUCCAAUCACGAGUAAUAGAAAAUAUGUGGUUCAAACGUUUUCCAACCGUUACAUAUUACACGAUUCAUUUAUAUCUAUAUCUCUUUUAGAUUACUCGAUCGUGUUGCAUUUGUAUCGUCGCACAAUUAUUAUAUCGUAUCGUAUUAUAUUAUAUUCAAAAACAUAUUAGACAUAUUUUGUACCCUCGACGAUCCUCGAACAACUUUCACCGGCACAUUUUUGCUCUAUAUCGAGAAAUUGAACAUUUUGCUAGCAAUAUAGUUAGAAAAUAAAGAAUCGAUCGAUACGUAGAUUGUUCGUUUUGAAAAAUCUGGCAUAUUUUCGCUUUCAAAAAUAUCCUCGAUUCAUGCGUAAUUCUCCGCCUUUUUCGGAAUUUCUUUCCGAUAUUGUAUCGCACAUACAUACAUAUACGUAUUUCGAAGAAUGUUA